GCAACCCAACUACACCUGAAAUCUCGCGAGAGCUUCUCGCGAGAUCUCCUGAUGUCAUUUGUUGAUGUUUUAGUGGGAGAAAUAUGGCGGCCCGGUGGAGCAGCGAGAAUGUCGUGGUGGAGUUUAGAGACGCUCAGGCUACUGCCAUGUCAGUGGACUGUCUAGGGCACUAUGCUGUUCUUUCUGGGAGACGUUUCUUGUAUGUUGUGAACCUGGAGGCACCGUCUGAGGCUCCUCGAAAAAUAGCCCGUCAGAGCAAGUGGGACGUCGGGACGGUACAGUGGAAUCCGCACAAGACGGAAGCGCACCUAUUCGCAGCAUCAAGUAAUCAGCGUGUGGACCUGUACGUAUGGCGUGACGGAUGUGGAGAGUCUCACACAUCCCUGCAAGGCCACACACGAGUUAUAAGUGAUUUGGAUUGGUCGUGGUUUGAGCCAGAACUUCUCGUCACAAGUUCAGUAGACACUUACAUCUACAUAUGGGACACAAGAGACACACGUAAGCCUACAGGAGCUCUAUCAGCAGUGGCCGGAGCAUCUCAGGUGAAGUGGAACAAAAAGAAUCAGCACUGCUUGGCUUCUAGUCACGACGGAGACGUCAGGAUCUGGGACAGACGGAAACCCAACACUGCUGUUGAAUACGUAGCCGCUCACUUAUCCAAGAUUCACGGCUUGGACUGGCAUCCUGAUAACGAGUAUAUACUGGCAACCUCCAGCCAGGACAACUCAGUUAGGUUCUGGGACUACAGACAACCUCGAAAAUACCUCAAUAUCUUGUCCUGCCAAGUUCCUGUUUGGAAGGCCAGAUACACGCCGUUUUCCAACGGGCUGGUGACGGUGAUGGUGCCGCAGCUCAGGCGGGAGAACAGUCUUCUGCUGUGGAGUACGCUGGACCUCAACAGCCCCGUUCAUGCCUUCGUAGGUCACGACGACGUGGUGCUCGAAUUUCAGUGGAGGCCUCAGAAAGAAGGAUCUAAGGACUGCCAGCUAGUCACGUUGUCCAGAGAUCAGACGCUUCGGAUAUGGAGGGUGGAUCCUCAGUUGCAGAAGUUAUGCGCCAGUGACAUUGUGGAGGAGCUGAUGGAAGGCAUGACUCUCGCAACAGAGUCUGAGAAGACACUCCGUUCCCAGGAAGCACCUCUGAGCCCCGGUCUAAGUGCUGGAGACCUGCAGGGUCGGUUCGAGGCGUCCAGCGGCAGGCAGGACCCCACUGCCCUCGCUCAGACCCUGCAGCAAGAGUUCUCGCUGGUCAACCUGCAGAUCCGCAACGUCAACGUUGAGAUGGAUGCCGUGAACCGCUCCUGCUUCGUCUCGGCCCACUGCGGAGCGAAUCAGGUCAGGCUGGUGGUGAAGUUUCCUGCACAGUAUCCAAACAACGCUGCGCCGUCUUUCCAGUUUGUUCCACCUACAACCAUCUCGUCCUCCAUGAAGACCAAGAUACAGAAGAUUUUGACGGACACGUCGCUUCAGAAAGUGAAGAGGAACCAAAACUGCCUGGAGCCGUGCGUGAGGCAGCUGGUGUCCUGCCUCGAGUCAGACGCGGAGGACGGCACUAAUCCCCACGUGUUCAGUAACUCAGUGAGCCCUGCUCUUCCUGCCUUCCCUCGUGUCACCAACACUUACGGCUCUUACCAGGACGCCAACAUCCCUUUCCCACGUACCUCAGGCGCGCGCUUCUGCGGCACAGGCUCUCUGGUUUAUUUCACUCGACCCAUGUCCAUGCAUCGCACCGUCCCUCCUACAGAGCCUACGCCUAGAUCACUCUCUGCACUGUCUGCGUACCACAGUGGCCUUAUGACUCCGAUGAAAAUGCGUAGCGAGUCUCAGUCCACGCUGCGGCUGUACAGCGGGAGUCCAACACGCACCGAUAAAGAGCAAGUGUCCAUCUCAUCCUUCUACUACAAGGAACGGAAAUCACGGCGCUGGAAAGGGAAACGCGAGGGAACAGACUACAGCAAUAAAACGCUCAAACUGGCUGGGAAAGUGAUCAUUCAGGAGAUUUCCUGUCUCCUCCCUAUUCACAAAGCCCUCGGAGAGACCUACGUAUUAAAUAUGAACGACAUACGGGACACGUGUCAGAAGAACGCAGCCGCAGCUCUGACAGUAGGACGGCGAGAUCUAGCGAAGGUUUGGGCUUUGUCCUCGGCAGCGACCAGUCUCGACUUGUGUCCCGACUCCGAUCCUGACGCCGACACUCCUUGGGCUCGACACCCGUUCGGCCGACAGCUGCUGGAGACUUUGCUUGAACACUACAGUCAGAUGAGUGACGUGCAGACUCUGGCCAUGCUGUGCAGUGUGUUCAGGGGUCAGGGGAUCCCUCAGGACUAUUUCAUGCUGUACGGCCCACGCGGCUCAGGCUUCACCCUCCACCACUCGCGCUACCCCAGCUUUACUUCUAGCUCGGUCACGUCUGGUUCCUGCUCCAGUACCUCCGACUCCAUCACCACUCCGUGGAACACGGCUGGACGCGACGCUGAACAAGCUCUACCGUGGGGAGAGUCCUCUCCUGACGACGCUCGCUACGCAAACCUGGCUUACUCCGAUCCCCGGGAACGAGAGAAAGAGCAACACGACGUGAACAAAAGGUCGUCAUUCUGCUCCAACACCGAACUAUUAUUAGACCCGGCGAACACCUUACAGUUCGACGACUUUAAGAAGUGUUACGGAGAGAUUCUGCACCGCUGGGGGCUGAAGGAAAAGAGGGCAGAAGUGCUGAAGUUUGUUUCUUGCCCUCCAGAGCCACACAAGGGGAUCGAGUUCGGCGUGUACUGCUGCCACUGUCGGAGCCAGGCCAGAGGCACUCAGUGCGCCGUGUGCAAGCGCUUCACCUUCCAGUGCGCCAUCUGCCACGUGGCCGUCCGCGGCUCGUCCAACUUCUGCCUGAGCUGCGGCCACGGCGGACACACCAGCCACAUGAUGGAGUGGUUCCGCUCGCAGGAAGUUUGUCCCACGGGCUGCGGCUGUCACUGUCUCCUCCAGAGCACUUUCUGAAACCUCUUCUACACCGACGCGGACGCGACGGAGGUCUCGGGGCGCGUCUCGAACCUCUCAGUACUGUAACAGAGCCUGGACUGUUGAUUUUUUUUCUUCUUUUUUUUUUUUUUCUUCCAUAAAUAAACAGCACUGAUACAGAUCGGAGAUUUCUGUGCUGCUCUGAAUAGACCUUUUUCUAAAAGUAGCGGUCUUCACAGUAUGCAAGAAUGCACAAACACACGAGUUACAGUUUACACCAGCCUUAUUCAGUAAUAAUUGCUUAUAAUCAAGGAAGCGGCAUUUUUUUUUUUUUGCAGUCCGAGUUCGGUUACAUCGCAGGGUUUUCUCCACGAUCUGUGAACACGAACGCGUUUAGACGGACUGAAUUGAAGUGCUGCUGAUGUUUACGCUCAGCUGGAAGGCGGCGUUUCGUAUGUUGCGGUCUGUCUUUUCGUUCGAAAAGAGAAUUAAGAACUGUGCUCUUAAUAAGGGAGUAGUAUUAACUGAUUAACCAGCACCUACAAUGUUUAUGCCCUAAAUGAAGAAAUAAAUUUGUUUAAAUAACUGCA